UUCGUUGUCUUCUCUCAUUCAAUAUGUGUCGACUACCUUUUUUUAUAUUUUUGUUUGUUUUCGUCACAAAUGGACAAGUAGUGCCUAAGAAUGCGAUGGAAGAGAACAUAUUAAAUAUCUUGUUACUAUGGCAAUCUUCAAGCCAGCAGCAUGAUUCGUUGCCUAAUCAAUCCUUGUCAACUGUCACAAUCCCGCCCGUGGAAUACUACUACAAAGGCAAAGGAAUACGAUUGGAUUAUACUAUCAGCGAAAUGAUUCUCAAGGGCCUCGAUCAUUUUACGGUUGAAAAUAUAUCCGCUAUAGCGGAUAUAUUUAUAUCUAAACAUUUUACUGUAGAAAGAUCUUUAGAAGUAUCUUUAUCGUUACGAUUUCCAAUGUUAACACUUUUAUCUGAUAAAUAUAAACUUGAAGGCAGAGCGUAUUACAUAUAUCCUCUCAAAGGGUCGGGUAAAAUGAAAUUAAUAUUCUGUGAAACAGUUAUAGCGGCUAGCGUUAAGUUUGGUACAAAUAAUAAAAAUGGUACAAAAAUACAGAACUUUUUACUAAAUUAUAGUGUCCAGAAAAUUCAUGCUAAUUUGGAGAAUAGUUCUUGGCCGAUCAACGUUAUUUUGAACAACGAAGGCGUUGAAAUCCUCGCGGGAUAUAAAACAACGAUAGUUGAAGCUCUUAGGAAUCACAUCGUACCUUUAGUAGACGAAUAUCUAAAAGAUAUAUCACCAUCAGAAUUAUUAGAGAUGCUCAAUUGAUUGUAUUUACUUCUGAUUGUUUACUUUAUUUAUUAAAGACUGAAGCGUUA